CUCAUUCCUCUCUGUCCAUCUCUCUCUCCCUCUCCUCACGCGCAUCAUCCUCUUGAGGUCCUUCCCCUCCUCCUCAUCCUCCUUUUCCCGUCGGGUAAGUCGCCGGAUCCCUCCAAUUGAGUUCCCUAAUCCUCCCACGAUUUCCCCGCGCUCUCCCACGCUUUCCCGUUCCGAAACCGGGCCUUUUUCUUCCCCGGAAGCACCUUCUCCCCAGGUGACUCACGCCAACGUAUCACUGCUCCGUUUUCUGGCUUGCUUUUUUUUCUUCCGAGCAUCAUUGGAUCAUUCGGCUAACUCGUAUACUAUAUUUCCCUUCAUCCCCAGCUCCCUGUGCCUUCUCUCUUUCAUCUAGAUCUCCUCUGAAUAGCUCUCCAUCUUCCCUUCCUAUACUCUAGCUCCCCACCCUCCCCCUCCCACCCUUAUCCAUCCUUAUCAACAAACACACACACACACACACCCCCCGCCCGCCAUGGCUGCUCCCCGUCAGCCCGAGGAGGCGGUCGAUGACACCGAGUUCAUCGAUGACCACCAUGACCAGCACAGGGACUCUGUCCACACCCGUCUGCGUGCCAAUUCGGCCAUCAUGCAGUUCCAGAAGAUCCUUGUUGCCAACCGUGGUGAAAUCCCCAUUCGUAUCUUCCGGACGGCCCACGAGCUGUCCCUGCAGACUGUCGCCGUCUACUCCCACGAGGACCGUCUCUCCAUGCACCGUCAGAAGGCCGAUGAGGCCUACAUGAUCGGCAAGCGCGGUCAAUAUACACCGGUCGGGGCCUACUUGGCCAUUGAUGAGAUCGUCAAGAUUGCUCUUGAGCAUGGUGUGCACCUGAUCCAUCCGGGUUAUGGUUUCCUGUCCGAGAAUGCCGAGUUUGCCCGCAAGGUGGAGCAGCACGGCAUGGUUUUCGUCGGCCCUACCCCCCAGACCAUCGAGAGCCUUGGUGACAAGGUCUCCGCCCGUCAGCUGGCUAUCCGCUGCGACGUGCCCGUCGUGCCCGGUACCCCGGGCCCUGUCGAGCGCUACGAGGAGGUCAAGGCCUUCACCGACACCUACGGCUUCCCCAUCAUUAUCAAGGCCGCCUUCGGUGGUGGUGGUCGUGGUAUGCGUGUCGUCCGCGACCAGGCCGAACUGCGUGACUCCUUCGAGCGUGCCACCUCCGAGGCCCGCUCUGCCUUUGGCAACGGCACCGUCUUCGUUGAGCGUUUCCUCGACCGCCCCAAGCACAUUGAAGUCCAGCUGCUGGGUGACAACCACGGCAACGUCGUCCACCUGUUCGAGCGUGACUGCUCCGUCCAGCGUCGUCACCAGAAGGUCGUUGAGAUUGCCCCGGCCAAGGAUCUGCCUGCCGAUGUCCGUGACCGCAUCCUGGCUGAUGCCGUCAAGCUGGCCAAGUCGGUCAACUACCGCAACGCCGGUACUGCAGAGUUCCUGGUCGACCAGCAGAACCGCUACUACUUCAUUGAGAUCAACCCCCGUAUCCAGGUCGAGCACACUAUCACCGAAGAGAUCACGGGCAUUGAUAUCGUUGCUGCUCAGAUCCAGAUUGCGGCUGGUGCUACCCUGGAACAGCUGGGCCUGACCCAGGACCGCAUCUCCACUCGUGGAUUCGCUAUUCAGUGCCGUAUCACCACCGAGGACCCCUCCAAGGGCUUCUCCCCCGACACCGGUAAGAUCGAGGUCUACCGCUCUGCCGGUGGUAACGGUGUCCGUCUGGAUGGUGGAAACGGUUUUGCCGGUGCCAUCAUCACUCCUCACUACGACUCCAUGUUGGUCAAGUGUACCUGCCGUGGUUCCACCUACGAAAUUGCCCGCCGCAAGGUCGUUCGUGCCUUGGUCGAGUUCCGUAUCCGUGGUGUCAAGACCAACAUUCCUUUCCUCACUUCCCUUCUGAGUCACCCCGUGUUCGUGGACGGUACCUGCUGGACCACGUUCAUUGAUGACACUCCCGAGCUGUUCGCUCUUGUCGGCAGUCAGAACCGUGCCCAGAAGCUGCUGGCUUACCUGGGUGAUGUGGCUGUCAACGGCAGCAGCAUCAAGGGCCAGAUGGGCGAGCCCAAGCUCAAGGGCGAUAUCAUCAAGCCCAUCCUGCAUGACGCUGCCGGCAAGCCCCUCGACGUCUCUGUCCCCGCCACCAAGGGAUGGAAGCAGAUCUUGGACAGCGAGGGUCCCGAGGCUUUCGCCCGCGCUGUGCGUGCCAACAAGGGCUGCUUGAUCAUGGAUACCACCUGGCGUGACGCCCACCAGUCGCUGCUGGCCACUCGUGUGCGUACCAUUGACCUCCUGAACAUCGCCCACGAGACUAGCCACGCCCUCGCCAACGCCUACAGUUUGGAAUGCUGGGGUGGUGCCACCUUCGAUGUCGCCAUGCGCUUCCUGUACGAGGACCCCUGGGACCGUCUUCGCAAGCUGCGCAAGGCCGUUCCCAACAUCCCCUUCCAGAUGUUGCUCCGUGGUGCCAACGGUGUUGCCUACUCUUCCCUCCCUGACAACGCCAUCUACCACUUCUGUAAGCAGGCCAAGAAGUGCGGUGUUGACAUCUUCCGUGUCUUCGAUGCUCUCAACGACGUUGACCAGCUCGAGGUCGGCAUUAAGGCUGUUCACGCUGCUGAGGGUGUUGUUGAGGCUACUAUUUGCUACAGUGGUGACAUGCUCAACCCCAGCAAGAAGUACAACCUGCCUUACUACCUCGACCUUGUCGACAAGGUGGUUCAGUUCAAGCCCCACGUCUUGGGUAUCAAGGACAUGGCUGGUGUGCUGAAGCCCCAGGCUGCUCGUCUGCUGAUCGGCUCCAUCCGCGAGCGCUACCCUGACCUUCCCAUCCACGUUCACACCCACGACUCCGCUGGUACCGGUGUGGCUUCUAUGAUUGCUUGCGCUCAGGCCGGUGCUGAUGCUGUUGAUGCUGCCACCGACAGUCUUUCCGGCAUGACCUCCCAGCCCAGCAUUGGUGCUAUCCUCGCUUCUCUCGAGGGAACCGAGCACGACCCUGGCCUCAACUCGUCCCAGGUGCGCGCCCUUGACACCUACUGGGCCCAGCUGCGUCUCCUGUACUCGCCCUUCGAGGCGGGUCUGACCGGUCCCGACCCCGAGGUCUACGAGCACGAGAUCCCCGGUGGUCAGUUGACCAACCUGAUCUUCCAGGCCAGCCAGCUUGGUCUGGGCCAGCAGUGGGCUGAGACGAAGAAGGCCUACGAGUCUGCCAACGAUCUUUUGGGCGAUGUUGUCAAGGUCACUCCCACUUCCAAGGUCGUCGGUGACUUGGCUCAGUUCAUGGUCUCGAACAAGUUGACCGCUGAAGAUGUGAUUGCCCGCGCCGGCGAGCUUGACUUUCCCGGUUCCGUGCUGGAGUUCCUCGAGGGUCUCAUGGGCCAGCCCUACGGUGGAUUCCCCGAGCCUCUGCGCUCUCGCGCUCUGCGUGACCGUCGCAAGCUCGACAAGCGCCCUGGUCUGUACCUGGAGCCCCUUGACCUGGCCAAGAUCAAGAGCCAGAUCCGGGAGAACUAUGGCGCAGCCACCGAGUACGACGUGGCCAGCUAUGCCAUGUACCCCAAGGUCUUCGAGGAUUACAAGAAGUUCGUCGCCAAGUUCGGUGAUCUGUCCGUCCUGCCCACGCGUUACUUCUUGGCCAAGCCCGAGAUCGGCGAGGAAUUCCACGUCGAGCUGGAGAAGGGUAAGGUGCUGAUCCUGAAGCUGUUGGCCAUCGGUCCCCUCUCCGAGCAGACCGGUCAGCGCGAGGUCUUCUACGAAGUCAACGGUGAGGUUCGUCAGGUUAGUGUGGACGACAAGAAGGCAUCCGUCGAGAAUACUGCCCGCCCCAAGGCCGAGCUGGGUGACAGCAGCCAGGUCGGUGCUCCUAUGAGCGGUGUGGUUGUUGAGAUCCGUGUCCACGACGGCUUGGAAGUCAAGAAGGGUGACCCGAUUGCCGUUCUGAGCGCCAUGAAGAUGGAAAUGGUUAUCUCUGCUCCCCACAGUGGCAAGGUCUCCAGCUUGCUGGUCAAGGAAGGUGACUCGGUGGAUGGCCAGGAUCUCGUGUGCAAGAUCGUCAAGGCCUAGAAGAGUAACACCGUUAUGACGGCAAUGUUUGAAAAGCUAAUGUCGAUGUUGAUGUCCUUGCGACCGGCUUAUUUUUCCUCACGCUGAACAAGGACACUAUGCCAAUAUUCUUCUUUUAGAUUAGAGCGUCUGUUAUGUUUAUGAAAUAUUUUGGGUUGGGAUUGGGUUAUUUCCAUAUUUAUGCCACAGCUUAUUUACGAUCAAUGGUUGUCAGGGACAUACUAUGUUGAACAUAUGAAUGACAACUGAUUCUAAAG